GGGAGGGAGGGAACGGGAGGGCCUCGCCGGCUGAGGCGCGUUGCGGUGCGGUGGGGCGCGGCGCGGGAGCUGCAGCGGCGCUGAGCAGAACCCGCUCCGGCGGCCGCCAUGCCCGGCAUCGACAAGCUCCCUAUCGAGGAGACGCUGGAAGACAGCCCGCAGACCCGGUCUUUGCUGGGAGUAUUUGAAGAAGAUGCUACUGCAAUUUCCAAUUACAUCAAUCAGUUAUUUCAAGCCAUGCACAGAAUAUAUGAUGCACAGAAUGAAUUAAGUGCAGCAACUCAUCUGACUUCAAAACUUCUGAAGGAAUAUGAGAAACAGCGUUUUCCACUAGGGGGAGACGAUGAAGUUAUGACUUCCACUUUACAGCAAUUUGCAAAAGUGAUAGAUGAGCUCAGCUCUUGCCAUGCAGUACUUUCAACUCAACUUGCGGAUGCAAUGAUGUUUCCUAUUACCCAGUUUAAAGAAAGGGAUCUGAAAGAGAUAUUAACUCUAAAAGAAGUUUUCCAAAUUGCAAGCAAUGACCAUGAUGCUGCCAUUACCAGAUACAGUCGGUUAUCAAAAAGAAGGGAAAAUGAAAAGAUCAAGGCUGAAGUUACAGAAGAUGUAUAUACUUCAAGGAAGAAACAGCAUCAGACUAUGAUGCAUUAUUUCUGUGCAUUAAAUACUCUUCAGUACAAAAAGAAAAUUGCUAUGCUAGAACCCUUGCUAGGAUACAUGCAAGCUCAGAUAAGUUUUUUUAAAAUGGGUUCAGAAAACCUUACUGAGCAGUUGGAAGAAUUUUUGACCAACAUUGGCACAAGUGUGCAGAAUGUUCGCAGGGAAAUGGAGUGUGAAGUAGAAAACAUGCAACAAACUAUAGAGGACUUGGAAGUAGCUAGUGAUCCACUGUACUUGCCUGAUCCUGAUACUACAAAAUUUCCUGUUCACAGAAAUCUAACACGGAAAGCUGGCUAUCUCAAUGCAAGGAAUAAGACAGGGCUGGUAUCUUCCAGUUGGGAGAGACAGUUUUACUUCACUCAAGGUGGAAAUUUGAUGAGCCAGGCAAGAGGUGACGUAGCUGGGGGACUUGUCAUGGAUAUAGACAACUGUUCUGUAAUGGCUGUGGACUGUGAAGACAGACGGUACUGUUUUCAGAUAACAUCUUUUGAUGGUAAAAAGUCUUCGAUCUUACAGGCUGAGAGUAAAAAAGAUUAUGAAGAGUGGAUAUGCACCAUAAACAACAUAUCUAAACAGAUAUAUCUAAGUGAAAACCCUGAGGAAAUUGCUGCACGUGUAAAUCAGUCAGCUCUGGAGGCUGUUACUCCAUCUCCUUCCUUUCAGCAGAGGCAUGAGAGCAUGCGGCCAUCUGUACAAUCUCGUCCUCCUGCAGCUCGUACUAGCAGCACAGGGUCACUGGGAUCUGAAUCAGCAGCUUUAUCGGCACUUUCUUUGAAUUCACUUGUUGCCCCUGACACUCCCAUACAAUUUGACAUAAUAUCUCCGGUUAGUGAAGAUCUGCCUGGUCAAGCAAAAUCUUCAGGGCAGUUGGGCAGACGCACAAAUCCUUUUGGUGAAUCUGGAGGCUCAAAAUCUGAAACAGAAGAUUCAAUUCUUCAUCAGUUGUUUAUUGUAAGAUUUCUUGGCUCUAUGGAAGUGAAGUCUGAUGAAAGUCCAGAUGUUGUUUAUGAAACAAUGCGUCAAAUACUAGCAGCUCGUGCCAUCCAUAACAUUUUCAGGAUGACAGAAUCACAUUUAUUAGUCACUUGUGACUGUUUAAAGUUAAUUGAUCCACAGACACAAGUUACAAGACUACGAUUUCCUUUGCCCAAUGUAGUCUUGUAUGCUACACACCAGGAGAAUAAGCGCCUUUUUGGAUUUGUGCUUAGAACUUCAGGAGGGAGAGUUGAGAGCCGCCAAACUUCCGUCUGCUACAUAUUUGAAUCGAAUAAUGAAGGGGAAAAGAUUUGUGACUCGGUUGGACUGGCAAAACAGAUAGCUUUACAUGCAGAACUGGAUCGAAAAGCAUCAGAAAAGCAAAAAGAAAUAGAUAGAGUAAAAGAGAAGCAACAAAAACAACUGAAUAAACAAAAGCAAAUUGAAAAGGACUUAGAGGAGCAAAGCCGGUUGAUAGCUGCUUCCAGCAGAUCGAACCAGAGCAGUGGAGAAGGACAAUUUGUAGUCCUUAGCAGUAGCCAGUCAGAAGACAGCGAUUUAGGAGAAGAUGGGAAGAAGAAGAGAGAAUCUGAAGCCUAAGGUUGCCUACUUUAUUAAAAUCGGAAUCAUGGCUAUAUCUGGUAAAAUGGCACAAGUUCUACAAGAAGUGAAAUGCAGAUGGAGGGUCUGUUGUAGUAUAGAAACGACUUUACAAUAUGUAGACCCUGUUAUGCCUUGAUUUUUCUUUCUCAAUUAAGUAAUUUCAAUUUUCAUGUCAAUAUAAUCUCUCUUCUGUAUGCCAGAUGAAGUGGGGUGAUGCUACCAUGUUUAUUACAGAAUUAUGUUUUCUCAAGGCUUCUCUGCACUAUGGAAAAAAUGGUUCCCCACCCCCACCCCUCUGUGCAAUUGACUGCUCAUGAAGCAAAACUUAAAACGCUCAUUGGAAUUCAGCAGUACGCUGAAAUUUGUUCUUUACACUGCAGUAUGGAGAACACCUUGCUGGAAACAAAAGUGGAUGUCCAAAUAAGACAGUGCUAAGCUUUACCUAAUUUGUUGCACAUAACUGUUCUUAGGUUUAGGAAGAAAAAUCCACAUUAACAUCAGUGAGGUGUGCAAUAGUUCUAGGCAGAAAGACCUUAUUUUUUGUUUCAUAUUGCACUGUAUGAUACUGUCAUGAUUAUUUUUUUUUGGUGAAUAUAAUGCUGAAAGUCUUCUUUCAACAGGAGAAAGAAGUGCUGUCAGACCUAGGUAAGAGCUGAUGAGACGCAGUCGCACUUUGCUGCAUGAGGAAUGUAUAAAGCAUUCCUUAUCAAAUGAUAAGAAUAAUGUAUAUAUUCUUGUAGCACAAGUGCCAUGUUCUUGAUUUUUCCCAGUACCUGUAAUAAAAAGCUGUAAACGUUUGAGCUCACUUUUUAUAGAACAUGCUUAGAGUUGCAGGAACAUCUUGAAUUCCAUCAUCUCAAAAAUCUUCUGAAUAUGUAGAUGCCUUGCCACCAGUAUGCUACAUUUACUGAAAGUGAGAUGAGGCUUUUUAAAUCUUUUAAUGGGAAUUGGUUUUGCAAACAGAAUGGACUAGCUCUGAAGUAAGAGACUGUGCUAAUCCUACAUCCUAGUCAAUCCCAUGAAGCAUUUUUCAAAGCAGUGUCUGUUUACAGCUUGUGAUCUGAACUCUGUGUUCCAUACCCUGUGUAAUAUUUAUUUUGUAUAGUACAAAAUGUGCAUUGACCUUUUAAUCCAGAAGAGGAGACUUGUUUGAAGAGAAAUAUUUAUUUUUGCACUAAUUACUAUAAAUACUAACAGUCCAGUGGAACAGAAGAUAUCUCUCUAAUAGUGGCAUGAAAAUAACAGGAAAUAUAGAAAGAUAAAAAUAUGCUUAUACUCCAAGUUAUAAUAUAACAGUUAUGAGUGUUUUACAGUUUGUUGCAGGGCAUUUCUGGUGUUCAGGAAUGGAAGCAAUUUUCAGAGUAUCUCCCCCUCAGCUGGUGGUGGCCCAGCCCUUCAUAGUUGGGGUUGCUCAGUGUUGACAAAGUAAGCGAGGACUCCCAGGCCCUCUCUGCUUGAUGGCUGUAGGUGCAGAGGGAUCAGCAGCCGUAGCUCUCCUCACGCACUGGAGGGGCCCGGUGGCGGCUGAAGGCAGCAGUCUCCUCCUGCCCCUUCUGCUGGAGAUGCGCGUUCUGUGUAGAAGGUCACUGCACCUGGCUCCUGUCGCAGGAGAGAACGGGGAGCGGCGCCUGCCCCUGCAGCGCCUGGGCAGGCCUAACACAGUCUGCUACGCCGGGGCCGCUGCUGCAGCAGGAGCUAGGGCAGCUGUCGGAGGUGUUGUGGGCACCACGGCCUACAGAAGGGCUGGAGCAGCUGAGGAAGGGGGCACGGUGCUCCUGCCUUAAAAGAGGAGGUGAGGGGGGAGGCUGAGCAGCAGAGCACUUCCACAGUCUCUUCCUGAGUUGGUUAGCAACUCCUGUUCCAGUACAUUUUUCAUCCCCAGAAUAGCCAGUCACUUGUGGAAAUACCUGCUUUUGCUGUUGCCCUGUCAGGCCAAACGGGAUUGCCCUGUGCCCAAAUUUGGCUAGUGCACUGUCACACAGACCACACAAUUCUGAGGCAUUUUUCUAAAAGAGAGCAGCAUUUUUAUUUCAUAGAUGGUCGUCUAAUCUCAUCUCUCAGCCUUAAGAGACUGGUUUUAUUCUUGCCAACAAAAAUGUACAGAGAGGCAGCAAAUCCAGUUUUUUUUUUUUCCUUUUUGUGCCUAAAUCUAGGCUUACAGAUAUUGCAUGGCAGGCAGUUGGUCUCUGCAAAUUGUUCCAGUUCAUGUUGCUGUCUCUUGGUGGUUUUUUUUUUGUUGUUGUUUUUUACUUCAUGAUAUUUCAGUUUUCUAUAAAAUGACAGCGUAGCUCAAGGUUACUCUGUCUUGCUGUGACUUCCUCAAGUACAUGCUGAAGUCAUUCUGAAAACAGCCCAGGAAGGAUAUGAAAUCAGCCAUUUCCAGUUUCUAGAAUCUAGUCGCCCAGCUUGUCAGAGUAGGAUCGAUUAAUGUGGUAAGCAGUGCAGCUGUGAUAGCCCAAGCUCCAUAGGGAAAGCAGUUAAUAGAUGAGCCGUUGCAGCAAAAAGCAUUUCUGAUUUGAACCUGUUUUGCAUUAGCCUUACUGAAGAAGUGUCAGAAAAUUGAAUCACUCUAUUUUUUUUCUCAAAACCUACAGCUGCUGUUUUAGACAAAUCUGCAAAGAUGAGGAAGAGAGCGGGAGAAAGAAAGCUGGCAGAUGACUUCUUCACUGUCAUAUGGGAUUUUUCAGAUUUAACAUGCAUGAUUGGAAUGAUUCCAUUUGCUUUUCAGGCUUUCCAUCUAUGUCAUUAAAUGUAGUUUUCUAAACCAGACAGCGUAGGCGUGAAGGGCCUUUCUUUUAUGUCAGAUGACUCUCAACUUAACCAUAAAAAAAGGGAAAGGACCAAAGAGAAUGGUUAAAGAGAACAGAUUGACAUGCGUGAAUGAAACGAGGGGGUUUUUUUGCUCGUUUGUGAGAGUUUCACUGGUGUAAAAUGAGCAAAAAGAUACAAAAGCAUCUAGGAGAGCAAUGAAAGUUGCAGGAGCCAACGGCAGGUCAGAGGAGCUGAGGAAGUUAAACUGGAAAGGUGCAAUGAGUUAGCAGUGGGGUGAGAAGUACUGACUUUUGCUUGAGGGGAGGAGCACCUGGCUCUGUAAUUAGAACUACCUCAAGGCGAAACAGCUGCUGAGGUUUUAUCCAUGCCCUCCUCCCCACAAUGAAAUGCUAUUUGUACCCUUUUUUCCUAUGAGGUUUAGAAAUACUUCAUUUGAAAACAUUUUUGUUAAUUAAAAAAUAUUAGAGUGCUUACUAUUUUCCUUGAAAGUAUGACUUCUAAUAUAAACACCUCGUGUUCUCCUGGGAACUACUGUGGUAGGAUUUUACCACCCGAGCAUUUUAUUACUGUAAGUAAAUGACUGGUGGGUUUCCUCUCCUGUAAUUUAUUUCUCCCAUUUAGUAUUUCCUAUUGGCUUUUGCUUACAGGCUGGUCUUUCAAGCAGUUCUCGCUGAAGCUGUAGUUUGCUUCAUGUAAAUCUGCUAUUAUUUCAGACACUCCUAAAAAUAUUCUUUCAAGUACAUGAUUUUAAAGUGACCUUGCAUAGGUACUGAAGCAGCUGUGUUGUUGAGGACUAAUUGUUUAUGUUAUUAAUUGCAGCCUCAUAGUUAUUGCCAUGUUUUUUCCCUUCGGUAAAGGGAUAUUAAGAAGUUUGUUACACUAUGUAGAUUUACACACUGCAGACCAAGCAAGCCUUGCUGUCAGUUGUUUCAAGUUCUUUAUGUAUGUAAUGGCAUGAAUAUCAAAUUACAUAAAGUGUGCUUAUGGGUAUGCAUUUCAUUGCGUUGUAGAUAACACCUAGCACUCCUCUAUAGCCAUUAAUAGAUUUCUCCAAGUCAAGAGUCAUAAACAACUUAGCCAUAGAUAACCGGUUAAAAGUGGGUAGUAUUAAUGACUUUGUAUUUGAUAGUCUAUUACUUCCUUAAUCUGUUUAGGUUUGAAAUUGUAUCAAGACAAUUUACUACCUAACAGUAAAGUAAUAUUUAGGAGUUAAGGAACAUUCCCCCUCUACGGUGCUGUCAGAUUUCAUCCUUACAUGGAUGUAAACCCAGAGCUGAAAAUCCUGAACAGCUGAAGCUACUUAUGAAGAUAUAAUUUACAUUGUUAUGAAGAUGUAAAUUCUGAUUAAUUAGCUGCACAGAACUGAGGAGAAGCCAAUGGAGAAAAUUAUCUUAUGAUAUAGUCUCUUGUUAUCUCAGAAAUAAUUCACACAGAGAAAGAAAAUCUGCCUCUGCCUAAUGAAUUUAGUAGAGACAUUGUCUAGUCUAACAGCAAGAGCUGGUAUUUUAUAAUCUUUCCGUUCCUCUAUUUUACAAAAUUUCUGGCAAGUCAAUUAGUCUCUGAGGGUUUUCUUUUUAACUGAGCAGUAAGUUUGGUUAAUUACUUACCCCCCCGACACAGUGGUCUCUAAGUUGUCAUGACAAGAAUUUCUUAAGUCUCAGUGUGUCAUUGUGAAUGCACUUGUAUUCCUAAUGAAGUUUCUAUUGCAAGCCAAGGAUUUUGUACAAUCUUUCAGGUCAUUUUUAUAAUAGAGUGGAGUGGUCAAAUUCUUCUGAUGAUGAUGUUCUGGAUUGGUCCUGUUCUAGUGAAGUGUAAGUGAUUUUUGCAAUGUUUGAGACCAACUUGCACAUUUUCCCUGAAUAGCUGUAUUAAAAACCUCCAGUGGCAUACUUGUGUCAACUUUGAUUGUUGUCUCUUAAUAUUGGAAACAUGGAUAGUAAAUAUAUUAUGCCAGGGCUUCAGUCAGCAUUUCGUAGAUUAAAUAAAAGCUUAACUAUCAUAACUUUCUGGGUGGCAUUUGUACUGAUGCAAAAACCUCUUGCAUUUUUUGUAAUACUGACUUCCAGGAAGUACCAUUAUUGGUGACAGGAUGCGUUUCCUUCCAUUAAACAUGCAGAUAUAGCCCUCUGUUGUCAAAGUGUAUCUCAAUUAUUUUAAUUUUAAUCAUAUUAGCCAGGUAACCUCAGAGGAAGUUAUUGUACAUCAAAGACUGAACAGUAGAAAAUCCUCACCAUCCUAAUGUAGCCGGUGUUUAGUGCCCAUAUUGUUGUGGCCACAGGACAACGUGCAGCACUCCGCAGAGCUGUGGUUAUGGUAACGAUCCAAAUUCACGCGCACCGAGGCCAUACCAGCUCUCUACCAUUAACAUGGGUACUCACACGUGUCUUCACACGCUUCAUUAGUUUAUUGUAUCAUAAACACCAUGUAAAAAACAAUGGGUCAUAACUACAUUAUGGUUAAAUUUGUAUUUUAUAAGAUUUGUAGAUUUUUCUGGGGAAAAGCAGACUUUUGCAUUAUGUAACUUCCAUGAUAAAGAUGCAUGUAUAACUAGAAGAAAGAUCUAUGCUUACUUGAUAAUGAAGGAAUAAAUACUACUAAUGCCAA